GUUGCCAGCGUGGAAACGGCGGCGGGGCGCGGGAGGCGGGAGUAGCGCCAGGGAGCGCCGGGCCUCCAGCGGCCGCCGCCGCCGCUGCAGCCUCAGCCAUGGACGCGUCCCUGGGGAAGAAGAAGAUAGCAGACCCUACGUUAGCUGAAAUGGGGAAAAACUUGAAGGAGGCUAUGCAGAUGCUGGAGGACAGUCAGAGAAGAACCGAGGAGGAAAAUGGAAAGAAACCCCCGCCAGGAGAUAUCCCAGGACCCCUCCAAGGAAGUGGACAAGAUAUGGUGAGCAUUCUUCAGCUGGUGCAGAAUCUUAUGCAUGGAGACGAAGAUGAGGAACCCCAGAGUACCCGGAACAGAACCCAGAACAUUGGAGAGCAAGGCCAUAUUGCUUUGUUGGGGCAUAGCCUGGGAGCUUAUAUUUCAACUCUAGACAAGGAAAAGUUGAGAAAACUUACAACUCGUAUACUUUCAGACACUACGCUAUGGCUCUGCAGGAUUUUCAGGUAUGAAAAUGGUUCCGCUUACUUCCAUGAAGAAGAGAGAGAGGGGCUGGCGAAGGUCUGUAGACUCGCCAUUCAUUCUCGCUAUGAUGACUUCGUGGUGGACGGAUUCAACGUGUUAUAUAACAAGAAGCCAGUCAUCUACCUUAGUGCUGCUGCGAGGCCUGGCCUGGGCCAGUACCUCUGUAAUCAGCUGGGCCUGCCCUUCCCCUGCCUGUGCCGCGUGCCCUGUAACACUAUGUUUGGAUCACAGCAUCAAAUGGAUGUCGCCUUCCUGGAAAAACUGAUUAAAGAUGAUAUAGAACGAGGAAAACUGCCCCUGUUGCUUGUUGCAAAUGCUGGAACUGCAGCAGUGGGCCACACCGACAAGAUUGGGCGCUUGAAGGAGCUCUGCGAGCAGUAUGGCAUGUGGCUGCAUGUGGAGGGUGUGAAUCUGGCAACGCUGGCCCUGGGUUACGUCUCCUCAUCAGUGCUGGCCGCCACCAAAUGUGACAGCAUGACUCUGAGUCCUGGGCCCUGGCUCGGUUUGCCCGCUGUGCCUGCUGUGACCCUUUACAAGCACGAUGACCCCGCCUUGACUCUAGUUGCAGGUCUGACCUCAAAUAAGCCUUCAGAUAAACUCCGUGCCCUGCCGCUGUGGUUGGCGCUCCAGUACCUGGGCCUUGAUGGGAUUGUGGAGAGGAUAAAGCACAGCUGCCAGCUGAGUCAGCGGUUGCAAGAAAAUUUGAAGAAAGUGGACCACAUCAAAGUCUUGGUGGAGGAUGAGCUAACCUCUCCUGUGGUAGUGUUCAGGUUCUGCCAGGAACCGCCGGGCUCAGACACAGCACUGAAGACCAGCCCAGCGCCCAGCACGGUGCCUUCUGCUGUGGGCCGGGAGAGGCCCUGUUGUGACGCCCUGAACCGCUGGCUAGGUGAGGAGCUGAAGCAGCAGGUACCAACGAGCGGCCUCACCAUCAUGGACCUGGAGGUGGAGGGCGUGUGUAUGCGCUUCAGCCCCCUGGUCACGGCUGCAGUUCUAGGAACCCAGGCGGACGAUGUGGACCGGCUCGUGGGCUGCAUAGAGCACAGGCUGCCGCUGCUCACCUGUACCCUGCGGCUGCGGGCCGAGUUUCGGCAGGAGGUGAUGGCCACGCCAGGCCUGUGCUAUGUCGAUGACCCCAACUGGCCUGGCAUCGGCGUGGUCAGGUACGAGCAUGCUGGAGAUGACAAGAACAGUUUGCAGCUUGACCCAGAGGGCGAGAAAAUCCAUGCUGGACUCCUGAAAAAGCUCAAUGAACUAGAAUCUGACCUUGCAUUUAAAAUGGGUCCUGAGUACAAGAGCAGAAAAAGCUGCAUCUACGUUGGCAUGGCUAGCGACGAUGUGGACAUUGUGGAGCUUGUGGAGACCAUCGCGGCCACCGCCCGAGAGAUUGAGGAGAACUCCAAGCUCCUGGAGAACAUGACCGAGGUCGUCCGCAAAGGGAUCCAGGAGGCGCAGGUACAGCUGCAGAAGGCAAAUGAGGAGCGACUCCUAGAGGAGGGCGUGUUACGGCAAAUCCCCGUGGUUGGCUCCGUGCUGAACUGGUUUUCUCCUGUGCAAGCCUCACAGAAGGGAAGAACCUUUAACCUCACAGCAGGCUCCCUGGAGUCCACGGAGCACACCUACAUCUCUAAAGUCCAAGGCCCUGGAGUGACCCCACCAACAACACCCUCGGGAACACGCAUGAAGCUGAAGCUUCCAGGGCACAAGCCCUUCAGAAAAUCCCUAAGAGGCCCAGACACUAUGAGUGAGACCAGCUCCCUCAGCCAUGUCGAAGACUUGGAAAAAGAGCAGCUGCCCUCCGGGUCUGGGUCAGAACAAGAUACCCCGGAUGCCACUGGCCCCGAGCAGCCCCUGGGGGCCGGGGAACAUCCAAUGGGGGCCAGCCCCCCUCAGGAAGCAGAGCAGACCAAGAUCCUCCAGGACAGGAGCCAGCUCUCCGCAGAGGACCCCCCACAGAUGAAGAACCCAGGGUCGAGAGUGUUAAGAUUUGCCCAACCUGUAUAUUCUCACCUCUAGUAUUUCCUUAUCAUCUUGCUGCAACCAGAAAUCCACGUGUGGAAAUGGCUCCCAGGAAUAUGGUCCUAUGCGGAGUUGUUCUGUCUUUGCAUCGUAAAUGCUAACCAUCUAGAACAAGAACAGUUCCAGGACAGAACUGAAGGAACGGUACCCGCUUUUUGCCCUCCCGUUAAUGUAAAAGCUCCAGUGUAGUCUAGCCCGGAAGGCACUGAUCAGGACGCAAGCUUCUUAGAAAUAACACAAACUGCUACUUACUGAA